AUGAACGGGAUCAGUGAACCUAGUAGCUCUUCACCUUCACAACAGAAUAACGUGGGCGUUGCUGCGGUAACUUCUUCCGUAGCGGCACCCGUUUCAUCGGUUUCAGAUUUACCAUUAAUUGCUACUACCAGCACUGAUAGUCCCACCCCUUCCCAGCAAACUCUUUCGCAGAUUUCGACCCCACCACAAACACCAACCCUAGUUCCAAGUCAAAGACCAUCUGUGAUCGUCACUUUACCAAACCAAAUUCCAGUUGUCUCGAAUCCCGCCAAUCCGAUCGUUUUCGCUGCUGCUCCCAGCGGAUCAAUCAUGGUGCCCUCAUCCGCUCUUGCUGGAAAUGCUCCCGUCUCUAUUACUACUGUCCUAAAUUUCCCCAGCGGAUCGGCUGUUACUGUUGCUAUGGAAAACGUCUCUAAACCCGCAAGUACUAUCUUAACUACAGCGACUCCAGUUGUUUCCGUCUCAUCAACUCCGGUUAUUCAAUCAGUUACUAGCCUCGCUGCUUCAUCUUCUACAGUCUUGUCUUCACAACCAUCUAGACAUGAAUCUCCACAACAGCAAAUUCACCAGUCACAACAGCCGCAAAUCCCGGCUUUUAAGAGCAAAUCUUUGCAGGAGAUUAUGAAAGAAGUUGAUCCUUACCUACAACUAGAUGAAGAGUCCGAGGAAGUGCUCAGAGCUGUGGCCGAGGAGUUUCUUGAAAGGGUCGCAAAAAAAUCAGUCAAAAUUGCGAGUCAUCGAGGCUCUGUCUUGGUCGAGCCUAGGGAUGUAAAACAUAUUCUGGGUCAGUUGAUCUUGAUUUUCUAA